CUUCCGGUAUGGGCGGGGCUAAUAUGGGUAACUUUCAUAACAAAAUACAGGACCAUUACAUAGCAUGAGUUACGUGUCUCGGUGAUUGUUUACAGCCGAAACUACCCGCAGACGUUUUUCACGCACUGAAAAGGAGUCACUAAGAUGACUUCAGCUGUGGCCAACAGAGCUAUAGGUGCCAUUGUGGGAUCAGCUGUUGCAGAUGCUGCAGCUCAGCCCCUCCACUGGGUGUACGACCUCCAGAAACUGAAGGGGAUCCUGGCUCAGGAUCCAAACCCUGAGUUCCGCUCCGAGUCGGCCAAUCCAUUCUACCGGAGGGAGACGGGUCAGCAGAGCUGCUACGGGGACCAGGCUUAUGUUCUCCUCGAGUCCCUUUCAGAAUGUGGAGGUCUAAAUGUGGACGAUCUGAAACAGCGCACACUGAAGUUCUUUGGACCAGGUUCAGAGUACGACACUCCUGUCAAUGAUCCCUACCGAGACCGUAGUGGACCAAGACCUCAGCUGCCCAUUGAAGGACCGUGGAGACACGCAAGCUUGAAGGGCUUCAUAAAGAACGUUGACGCAGGCAAAGAAGAGACAGGCUGUGAGACGGACUGUCAGAUUGAUGGCAUAGCCAAGCUGGCCCCUGUAGUGGCUUUUUACGCCGGACAACCUGACAUGCUGGAAAGGGUUGAACAGGCCAUCCGAGUCACCCAGAACAACGAUGAGUGUGUGGCAGAAACCCUGGCAGCAGCAAGGUUUUUGGAGCAUUUCAUCCUGACCGGUCCAGAUCCAAAAGCUUUGGAUGCGGUGCUAAAUCAGCUCAAUGACCCCAACAGGAAGCACCCCCAGGACUUGGACAAAGCAGUGACUGGACACAUUCAUCAGGUGAAGGAGUAUUUAUCAAAGCCUCCGCAGGAGCUGAUCCCCACUGUGUUUCCCAACACAUGAGGUUUGCCAGGUGCAUUCCAGGCGGCGUUGCAUGGGGUCCUGACAGCCAGAGAGUUUGAGACGGCCAUCAGAGACACCAUUAGCUGUGGGGGGUGCACCUGCAGCAGAGCCUCCUUCAUUGGAGCCUGCGUUGGAGCCCAGAUCGGGCUGGAGAGAAUCCCAGCAUCUUGGAUGAGCAAAACCUCCCGAUGCAACUCCGUGCUGGCGCACGCCAAGAAGAUUGCCGAGCAUCACUUGUAAAAUUGUAGCUGGCGUUAUGAGGGGGCCGAGGGCAUCAUGAAAAACUGUUGGGCUUUUGCAGAGCUGUUAAUGAAGGCUUUUGCCUAAACUUAGGGAUGGCAGGAGCCAGAUGUUUUUGUCUCUGUUAAAGUUAAACACGUGGUUCAGAUGUUCCGGAAGAUUUUUUGUCAUUUAAAAGCAAAUAUAAAACUUGAUCAAGAACAGUGUCUAUUAUCGACUAAAAUAAUAACUUUUAUGUAGACCCAUAUUCAUUUUUUUCCUUUUUAGACCUUUUAGACCUUAAGAGCCACAUUGAUCAAACACAACUGUCAUCAAUCAAAGCAAAGAAAUUGCUCAAAGGGGCCAAUCAGUAAACGUACAAGAGCUUUCUCUUUUUGUUGUUGUGAUCCUGAUACAUUUAACUCUGACAACUUAAAUCAGUAGGGGUACUUGAGAAUAAACAAAAAAAAUAGAGCCAUGCUCAUUUAAAGUAAGGCAAUGUUUGUGAGGCUUGAAUGAACAACCUCUUGCGUUAAUUGAAGAAGUAGCCUAAUGUCCUUUUCUUCCAAAGGAUGUUUCUUACUUGCAAAUAAAGCCAAAUAUGCUUUUAACACCCAAAA